AUGUCUGAUGAAAGAUUAAAGUAUUGUAAUGACCGCUUCGACGACUUAUCGAAAGCCAUUUCAAAAUUCGCAGAGAACAUAGAACAGAACAGACGAGGACUUGACUUCGCUGUAUGCGAGAGUUGGCAAUACUGGCACCAACAAGCUGAGCAACAAAAAGAACGUUUCUCCAAGCUACAGGAAUACAUCGGUAAGACCUACGACCUCUUAGAGGACCGCGGCAAGUACGCAUCCUAUCCUAUCUUGGCAGCGAGGAAGACGGUGGUAGAUGAAGACUAUGACAAGAUAAAUGAAUCAAUGAAGGAGUUUGAUCAGGUCUGUAGUGAGCAGUGUGCUUUGGAUCCAGAAUGGCCCCCCUAUCGAGCAAGACCACAGCGUCAAUUUUGA